UGUUUUGAUUAUCUCAAUUAAAAUUUACGAGUUUUAUAAUUCUGACGAAGAAAAUUCUAAAAAUUUGGUAUUGCAAAUAUUGUUUUUCCAUUUGAAUUAAGGAAUUUUUGUACAAAUUUCAUUCCACUACAAAUACAAAUUACGAAAAUGGUUUGUGUGCCUUGCUUCAUCAUUCCUGUGCUGCUGUACAUCUGGCACAAAUUUAUCCAGCCUUAUGUAUUACCUAUUAUACAGCGUUAUUGGAAUCCUUGGGAGAAAAAGGAUGCUCAGGGCAAUGUAAUCAAAAAUACACCAGAAUUUCCAUUCGAAUGCAAAGGUGGCGCUUGCCCCUUCACUGGAUCUAAAAACAAAACUUUAACCAAUGACGGAAGUGAAAAGUCAGAUGUUGUGAAGGACGCUGUGGAUUCUAGCUCCAGUGUAAAGAAAGAAAACUGAAAUUAUACUAGUGCAAUUAGGUUACAUGUAUAAAUAUAUAAUGACUAAUGAAAAUUACAUAGACUUGUGGCUGGGCACAAUGAAGGCAACUAUACGAUUACUGUAUAAUGAACAGCAGACGGGUAUUAGUAACACUUUUCAUUCAACAGCUGUGAGCAAAGUAAAUUUUUUUGUUUUGCAUUUUAAAUAACUGUAUUACCUUGGCUAAACAUUUAAUUGUAAAUAAAGCUGAUAUUUCAAACUAAAA